ACCCUGUUGUACAUAUGUCUGAAAUCACACCAUAUUCACUACAUAGUCCACUAUUUGGGGAGUUUUGCCAAAUUGGAUUCAAGUCUAAAAACACUGUGGGGAAUAGCUGGUGAAUUCAUGAAAUUCUGCAAUGCAAUACAAGAGGUUGUAGUCCAAACGAUAAACAUUAGAGGGUAAACAACACAUGUAAUGCACUUUAGGGAAUAGGGAGUAGGGCACCACAUCGGAUGAAGACUGUUAAUUAUUUACUCCUACCGUACUUCUGCAAGCUUAUAUUAUAUAGCGUCGUGAUUUCUCUGCACCUUUGGUGUCAGAUUUGAAAGCUUAAGUUAGUUUUAUUCAUUUUAAACGUAUUAUAUUACACCUAAAGAUCCACUUAGUGAAAAGCUCACUUAGUGUGAAAGCUCUCACAUCGUAUACUACCACCUGGUACUCAAAAUACUUAAGACAUGACAAGUGUUCAGAUGAGUGCUAAGGAUGAGAUGGUUGAGCAGUUCCUGGAUUAUGCUUCCAGGGGUGACUUGGCCAAAGUUUCCACUAUGAUCUCUCACUACAGUCAACUGCUCAAUGAAAGUGGGAGACAAGGAUGGACAGCCUUAAUGCUGGCUGCGAGAAACGGACACUUUGAUGUGGUAAAAGCAUUACUUUUAAAUGGGUGUAAUAAAGAUUUGGUGAAUAAGUCAGGCCAAACUGCUCAUGACAUAGCAAAAUUCUGGGGCCACAGACACAUUGCCCGUUUUUUAUCCAGCAGUGGGGAUGUCACACUUCAAGGGGUUCUACCCAGCAAUAAAUCUACAGAGAAUGAAACAUACUUCAGUAGAGAAUAUCUCAACAGAAUGAGUGAUAAAAGGACUGAUUCGGAAUGGCUUUCAGCUAAACAGUCUUCUCCUGAAACAGUGUUCAUUGUGUUUUAUAACUUGGACCCUUUUGUUACAACAGAGCCGGAGGAAAUGAAUGAUAUUCAACCUAAGUUAAAACUAUACAGGUUUGGAAAGGACUCUGUGAAAGAAGUAAUCGAAAAGAGUGACACAGUGGUUAUUUUUCUGGGAGUAGAAAAGCAGGAAUGUUCACCUUCUUCUGCGGUGUCAAAGGAGGAUGGACUCAUUGCAUGGUUCGCUCUAAAUACCAACAACAAUCCCACAGAAAGUCUUAAGGUCACAGCUUCAAACAGCUUCUUCCUUACAAGGCCAAUGCCAAGGCUCCUAAUGCUAAAUGAAGAUGAAGCAGGUAUUGUUGCACAAGCAAGGUCUGUCCUUGCAUGGCACAGCCGGUACAGUUUCUGCCCAACGUGUGGUGGUGAGACUAAAGUGGAUGAAGGAGGUUACAAAAGAACCUGCUUGACAGAGGGCUGCAGGAGUCUCCAGGGAAUCCACAAUACCUGCUACCCUAGAGUUGAUCCUGUGGUGAUCAUGCUGGUCCUUCACCCAGAUGGGAAUCAGUGCCUACUAGGAAGAAAGAAGACAUUUCCUCCAGGAAUGUUUUCAUGUCUUGCUGGGUUCAUUGAACCAGGUGAGACCAUUGAAAAUGCAGUAAGGAGAGAGGUUUUAGAAGAGAGUGGAGUUGCUGUUGGCCCUGUCCAAUAUGUCUCCUGCCAGCCAUGGCCAAUGCCUUCAUCGCUCAUGAUUGGUUGCUUUGCAGUAGCAGUGUCUACAGACAUAAAGGUUGAUGAAAAUGAAAUUGAAGAUGCUCGCUGGUUCACGAGGCAAGAGUUAUCAUAACUCUGGACCUCAAAUGAAUUUGCUUAGAAAGCAAAAAACAUAUUUUUGGACAUAUUUUGGACACAUGGAUAUUUUUGCAUACUGUUCUUUUGCACUAUAACAAAAAAUAAAAAGCUAUAUGAUUAAUAAAUGAAAAUGACAUUAUUACACAGUGUAAAACAAAGUAUGUAGUCAAUUGGAGAAUUCUGUCCAUGCAGUGUGAUUUCGUAUAAAUUUGUCAAACCUAUUAACAUUUUCAUAAAUUUUGCAGGUAAUAGAUGCUCUUGUGAAGGGUAACCAAGCAGUUUUUUUCAUGCCUCCAAGACAAGCUAUUGCCCAUUAUCUUGUGAAACACUGGAUUGGAAUAAACUCAAACCUUUAAACUGAAUGUUACCAGCAUUAUUGGGGUGUUUUCCUAAUUUGUCAUGAGAUGUGGUUGGGAGGUAUGAGAGUUUGAGAUGGACUCAAAAGUGCAUCUUACAUCAUAAAACUCUUUUAAAUUAACAUAAUUAUUAUGAAUUAAUUGUAGUAUUACUAUAUGAAAUAGAUGUAAGUGACCAGAUUGUCAUUCUAACAAUCUUACAAAUGAUUACACUUGUAAGUUGUACUACCUUUCAUUCCAGACUGCGAGGGUGGAUUAUUUCAGAGCCGGUGGUGUAUUGCCAUUUUCUCAUUUUCUUGCAAAGUUCCAACAGUAAAUUUGUCACCUUGUGCCCAAGACUGGGUAGCCUGUAAAAGGUCCCACUUCGUCCUGCUAGUCCUCGUUUCCAGGCUUAUCUUGUCAAGAAGUUAAGGUAGCCUCUUGUCUGGCCAGCUUCAUCAGGUUCUGUAGCGAUAUCAGAAGAUGUGUUUACUGCAGUUUCUGUAACAAGGCAGUUUUCACAGGGUGGAGUUGUUGGCCUCAUGCCCAACCCCCAACCUGGAGGUCCAGGGGCUGAAUCUAGUCUGGCCCCUGACCCAAGGCCUGUCUGGCACGGUUAGACCUGCCAGGGAUAUUUGUCCCUGCCAUUGUAGCUCUCAAGUUCUCUGGGAUGUGCAAAUGGGUCCACCAAUGACAAGGUAGCAGCCCAGGACCAGAUAAUUUACCAGGAUAAUUGAAAAAAAAAAUUGAGUAUCAGGCUCUAUUCGCUUGAUUCUUGUUAAUAAGUCCAGUGUUCAAAAAUGAGAAAGAUAAGCUCCUUGGCCAAGUUUCCCCAGUAGGAACAUAAAAAGGU